AUGGCUUUGCAUCUGCAUAUCCCCAUAGGUGACCUCAAACUGGUGUCCUCCUCCCCUGCUGACAUCCAUGCCAACCCUGGUGAAGACGUCACUCUGCCCUGUCACCUCUCUCUUGAGACUAGUGUGGUUACCAUGGAACUCAAGUGGCUGAAGAGGACAGACUGUAUUUAUCUGAAUAAGAAUGGACAAGGGACAGAAGGGAGAGACUACGAGAGCAGAGUGAGCGUCCUUACUGAGGACCUGCAGAAGGGAAAUGUGUCUCUGAGACUGAGAGACAUCACACACUCAGACAAUGGGCUCUUCAGAUGCCAGGUCAUUCAUGGAAACUGUAAACUGGAGGAGACGCUGUUGCAACAUGUCGAAAGCAUCCAAAAUGGAAAAAUCCGUCUCAUGAGAACUAACAGUGCAAAUGUAGGAUACAGACCAAACUUCAUGGGACACAGGACCGGUGAGACGCCUCCAGUGUGUCGUCCUGUCUCUGAUAGGAGACAGGUGCUGCUGAGGAGCAACAACGUUGGAAGGAGGCUGCAGAAGACAUCAUGGAAAAGAAGGAGGAGUUCAGGCUAACUGUCGGAACAGCAGACUGACUGUGUAGUAGAUCAGGGUAGAUUAGAUUCAGAUUUAUUGCCAUGUCGUUGUGUGGACUAGAAGCGCGACACCAAUGAAAUGCAACAGAAGGAUUUCAAAACAGUGGGCUGAGAAGCAUGCAAACAGGAGGGAACUUGCCAUGUUGAAAGCGCAGACUGUCGUCGAAAAUGCACCUGAAGACGAUCGGGAAACUGACGGUUGAAAGAACUUGUGGACCUACAGUAUGAACGUAUGUUCAAGGUUCAAAACAAGACAAACCUGUCAUCGGCAUCUUGCUUGAGUCACCUUUGCUCCGUUUCUGUGGAUAGUUUCCUUAUUAGAUGUAGCCAUUUGUAUAUUUUUAUAUUAUAUAGAUUUACAUUUCUUUAAGAUGUAUUUCCUACAGUUUUCUCUGUGUCUGGUGGAUUGUCAGAUUCCGUUUCAGAUUGUGUAG